AUGUCUAGCCGUAGCAAUCUCAAACCGCAUUUGAGACCCGGUGCGAUGACAACCCGGUCUGUUGCCAAAUCUGGUGGUAGUGGUGGUCAAAGUGAAAAUCAAGUGGAGGAUGGUGCUUACGGUGGAAUUGUGCCGGUGGUGGUCACAGGGGUUACGUCGCCAGAGCAUCAGACGGAUAAAACCCUGCCGGGAAGAACAUGCAAAGUGUGUAGUGGUCCAGACAAUGAUGAAAUGGUCCAGUGCGACGUCUGCCAUAAGCGGUAUCAUUCUGUCUGCGUGGGAGUCACCAAGGAGAUUGAAGACAGGAGUUGGAGCUGUGCUGCCUGCGAAACAGUAACCAGGGCUCUGCAAAUCCUAUCAACCUCCGACAAGGCUCCAAAGCAAGCGGAAGUAGCAUACAGAAGCAGGUCAUUGAAUCCAAUCAUCUCGUCGAAACAGUAUACACUGCAGCCUCCGGAAGGACCGUCGAGCAAAGGAGCUGUGAAGAAGGCGUCGCAGUCGAAAUCCAUAUCAGACCGAUCGGCCAAAGGAACCUACUCUUUGGUCUCUCACGGUUCUUCCAAAAGCUCUUUGCUGAAACUCGAACUUCAAAAGCUGGAAGAGGAGCGGGAUCUGGAGCAGAAAGAAGCGGAGAAACAACGUAACUACCUGAACAAAAAGUACGACCUCCUGAGGCAGCUCACAAACCAGUCAGAAGCGACCUCUGUUGCGGAAAGCGUGGAUCGAGUAGAUGCCUGGAUCGAUGAUGUAAACGGUCGUGCACGCAGUGAAUCGGUCGUUGAGCCACCUUUCGUGAAUUUCUCUCCUCGCGGAUGUUCAACAACAAAUCUCUCAAACAUAGGCAGGGGUUCCCAUGCUGUAAGUGAACAGUCCCCUGUGUUGGCCGCUCCUGUUAACAUCAGUAGACGUUCCAUUCCAGUUCCAAAUCCCGGCAAUGCUUCUCUUUUGCGCCCGUCUAAAUUUCUCACGAUCCCGCCAAACUACGAUGGAGCAUCCUCUGUAAGUCAGAGUUCCUCAACACGUCAUCGAAAUGUCCGACAUGGACCUACUCGAGCACAGCUAGCUGCUCGGCAGGCCAUCUCCAAAGAUCUGCCUAAUUUCUCCGGCAAUCCUGAAGAUUGGCCGAUUUUUCUGUCGUCGUUUAACAGCACCACAUCGAUGUGCGGUUUCACAAACGACGAAAACAUCAUUAGACUGCAGAAGAGUUUGACAGGCCGGGCAUACGAGGCAGUAAAAAGUCAGCUAAUGCAUCCAGCAAACGUCCCCGGAGUAAUGGGCACCCUGAAGAUGAUGUUCGGGCAGCCUGAAGCCAUCGUACACUCGCUUUUAGCCAAGAUCGAUGCGUUGCCAGUCCUGAGGGAGGACAAAUUGGAGACACUGGUGGAUUUUGCGGUGAACGUGAAGAACUUUUGUGCAACGGUGGACGCUUGUGGUUUAGAGGAUCACUUGUACAAUGUGUCGCUGUUGCAACAACUGGUGGCCAAGCUUCCGCCAAUCUUGAAGCUGGACUGGGCAUGCUACCGUAUGUCUGUACCUCGAGUCAACUUGGCGACUCUCGGAAAUUUCCUCUAUUCCCUAGCAGAGGCCGCUAGCACAGUCACGAUCCCUACGGCUACCAUAGAUCAGAAGCAAACUCGGAGCGAACUUCGCUCAUCGCAGAAGGGCAAUGCCUUCCUAAACGCUCACUUGGAGUCCCCACCGGAAAUCUUCACAUCGAAGCUAGCUACACCAAGCAGCGUCAAAGAUACCGCAGCGCCCAAAGAUCGGGUCAACGAGUGUCCGAUUUGGAAUGAGAAUGAAUUCGGAUUGUGCCGUAGGUGUCUCCGGCGACACAGUGGAAGCUGCAACAGUAAAGAAUGUGGAAAGGACGGAUGCACGUUCAAACACCAUGCAUUGCUACACAAUGAUCAGCAGAGACCUCAACAAUCAGCCGCAGGAGCGAUAUCGCCGAACCCGACACCUAGAUCUUCCCAGCUGGAUACUAACCUAGGUCACGGAUGUAAUACUCAUCGUACAAAAACUUCGGCUGUACUCUUUCGAUAUUUGCCCGUGGUGCUAAGAAACCGUGAUAAAACAGUAGAAACAUACGCGUUUUUCGACGAAGGUUCUGAGCUCAGUCUGCUCGAUGAUGGUUUGGCGAAGUUCUUGGAACUGGAUGGCGAAAUCAGUCCACUGUGUUUAAGAUGGACUGGUGGAAAAGAGCGCAACGAAGACAACUCCCGCGUCGUAAGCCUGGAAAUAGGAGGAAUGUGUAACCAACCCAAGAUGUUUAGUCUGAACAAUGUGAGGACAGUGCAAGAGCUGCUGCUGCCUCACCAGACAGUCGACAUGAAGGAAUUAUCGCAGUUAUACCCCCACCUUCGUGGGCUUCCAAUAGAUUCGUAUCAGUCCGCUCAACCACGGAUCCUCAUUGGCCUGAAGCAUGCGUUCGUCGGCUUAGUGCUCCAAAGCAGAGAAGGAGAGCUUAAUCAUCCAAUCGCAUCGAAGACACGACUUGGAUGGACCGUGUAUGGAGGAUGUACGGAGGAUGUUCCUAACGUUGUCCAAUGUGCAUUUCAUGAACUCCAGCACAACAAUGGUACGGACGAUGCCCUACACCAAGCAAUGAAAGAGUAUUUCUCUUUGGAAAGUCUCGGAAUAGCGAAAACGACGAACUUACUUCUGUCUGAUGAGGAUCAACGAGCGGAGAAUCUUCUACGUUCCCUGACGAAGCUUAAGGAUGGCCGUUACGAGACAGGCCUACUCUGGCGCUACGAUGGUGUACGCCUUCCAGACAAUCAUGACAUGGCCCUUCGCCGUCACCGUUUCCUCGAAAAGCGCUUGGAGAAAGAUCCGCAGUUGGCGAAUACGCUGAAUCAAAAAAUUGUUGAUUACCUGCAUAAGGGAUACAUUCGUCAGGUUACUGAAGAGGAGCUGAACCAACAGGUAUUGCGUGUAUGGUACCUUCCGAUCUUCCCGGUCACAAAUCCGAAUAAACCAGGAAAGAUAAGGAUUGUCUGGGAUGCUGCAGCCUCAGCAUUUGGGAAAUCGCUCAACUCGGCGCUUCUGAAGGGCCCGGAUCAGCUAUGUUCGUUGCUGUCUAUUCUUCUCCAGUUCCGUGAACAUCGAGUUGGCCUAACAGGUGAUAUCCGUGAGAUGUUCCACCAGGUGGACAUUCGAGAGGAGGACCAGCACUGCCAACGUUUUUUCUGGACAGACCAAACCGGCGAAGUACGUAUCUACAUAAUGCGCGUCAUGACCUUCGGAGCCUGCUGUUCGCCGAGCUGCGCUCAGUACGUUAAAAACGUCAACGCUGAGCGGCAUUCGCAGAAGUACGAAAAGGCGGCCGAAGCUAUUACUAAAAAGCACUAUGUGGACGAUAUGCUCGUGAGCGUCGAGACAGAGCAGGAGGCCAUCCAACUUGCAAACGAAGUGAAGUUAGUGCACGGAAACGGCGGGUUUGAAAUGCGUAAUUGGGUCAGCAACUCGAGUCCAGUUUUGAAGGCAUUGCAAGGAGAGAACGUUCCAGAGAAAAACCUGGAUUUGUCAUCAGAGCUUGCUACCGAAAAGGUUCUCGGAAUGUGGUGGUGCACAUCAACAGAUACCUUCACGUUCAAAAUUUGUUGGCACCGGUACGAUAAAGAGCUGUUGAACGGUCAUCGUUGUCCGACCAAGAGGGAAAUUCUACGGGUGCUCAUGACAAUCUUUGACCCUUUAGGAUUGAUCGCCCAUUUCCUCAUGUUUUUGAAGAUUUUGCUGCAAGAAGUCUGGCGUUCCGGAGUCCAGUGGGAUGAACCGAUCCAAGAGGCCUCUUUCGAAAAAUGGAAGCAAUGGCUACAGAUCCUUCCUCAAGUAGAGCAAACAAGUAUUCCCCGUUGCUUCCGAAUCCGCACCUCCCUUGACGUAGCCUACGAAGCGCAACUACAUGUGUUUGUCGACGCGAGCGAAAAUGGUUUUUCUGCAGCAGCAUAUCUUCGCUUUCAGCAGGAUAACGUCAUUGAGUGCUCACUGGUUGCAGCCAAAACACGAGUGGCCCCGCUGAAGUUUACAUCUAUUCCGAAACUUGAGCUUCAAGCAGCUGUCAUUGGUGCUAGACUGGCCAACACAAUUUCCGAGUCCUUGUCAGUUCCAGUCUCAAGUCGUGUUUUCUGGUCUGAUUCCCGGGACGUAAUCUGCUGGAUCAACUCGGAUCAUAGGCGAUACAGCCAAUUUGUGGCAUUUAGAGUGAGCGAAAUCCUCGAAACCACCGAGAUCAACGAUUGGCGUUGGGUACCUACCAAACACAACGUUGCAGACGACGCCACCAAGUGGGCUGGUUGGCCAGACCUGAGCCUCGAUAGCAGAUGGUUUAAGGGACCGGACUUCCUGUGGCGGGCUGAGUCCGAAUGGCCGCGUGCCCCUUUCAAGGCCUCCUCGACUACUACGGAACUUCGUCCGAAUCUGUUAGUACACCUCACAGUUCACGCGCCAAUAGUGAAUGUGAUCGAUUUCUCCAGUUGGAAGCGACUUCUCCAUGUGACGGCCUUCGUACUCCGGUUUCCUGCAAACUGCCGACGCAAGCUACAACAAUUACCCACCGGCACCGGACCGCUAACCGCAGAAGAACUGAUCGAAGCUGAAGCCUACUUGUUGCGGGUUGCGCAAAUUGACUCUUUUUGUGAAGAGAUCGCCAUUCUUCGAAGAGUGCAGAAUUCAUCGCAUGAGCCUUCAACGCCACUGCCCAAAACGAGUGCCCUUUACCAGCUUUCUCCUUUCCUGGAUACCCGUAGCGUUCUCAGGAUGCGGGGCAGAACACGGCUGUGCCAGUAUACUGCAGAAGACUCCAAGAAUCCCAUCAUUCUACCGCGUGACUACCACAUAACCACCCUAAUCAUUGCACACUACCAUGAACGAUACCACCACCGCAACCAUGAGACCGUCAUAAACGAGCUACGCCAAAAAUACAAUAUUUCUCGAAUCCGCGUAUGCUACAGCAAAAUAAGAAGACGAUGUCAGCGAUGCAAGAAUGAAAGCGCCAUUCCACGUCCACCCAUCAUGGCUGACCUUCCGCCGGCUCGACUGGCAGCUUUCUCACGUCCCUUCACACAUGUAGGGAUAGAUUACUUCGGCCCCAUCCAGGUAUCCAUCGGGCGAAGAACCGAAAAGCGCUGGGGAAUGCUGGCUACUUGCCUAACGAUUCGUGCGGUCCACAUCGAGAUAGUCCACACCCUCAGUACGGCCUCUUGUAUCAUGGCCUUAAGAAAUUUCAUCGCUCGUCGUGGAACACCCAGAGUGAUUUAUAGUGACCGAGGCACAAACUUCGUUGGAACGAAUCGUGAGUUACGCGAAAUAGAAGCAGCUAUCAACGAGCCGGACAUUAUGAAGGAGUUUACCAGCACUGAGACGAAAUGGGUGUUCAACCCUCCGGCGGCCCCACACAUGGGGGGAAGUUGGGAAAGGCUGAUUCGUACUGUGAAAAAUAAUUUGAUGUCGAUUAGCCCUUCCCGUACCCUGCGAGUUGAAGAGCUCCAGAACUUCUUGAUCGAGGUCGAGAAUACUGUCAACUCUCGCCCGCUAACUCAUGUACCGCUUGACAACGAUUCCGAACCGGCUAUCACCCCAAAUCACUUUUUUCUCGGUUCAUCCAACGGUACAAAGCCUCUCACCUUGAUCGACGACAGCGGUAUCGCGUUGAGGCAGGCUUACACCAAAUCACAAAUCCUAGCUAACCAAUUUUGGAAGCGUUGGGUAACUGGGUAUCUUCCAGAAAUCACCAGACGGACAAAAUGGUUCACCUACACAAAACCGAUAUCCGUCGGCGACAUUGUUGUCAUCGUCGAUCCCCAGUUACCACGGAACUGCUGGCCCAAAGGUAAGGUCAUCGGAGUUACAACAGGAAAGGACGGCCAAAUCCGAUCAGCUACAGUGCGCACAACGAACGGUGUGUACGAGCGUCCCGUGGCCAAGUUGGGAGUCCUUGAUGUCAGGCGCGAUGGUGAGUAA